AUGGCCGCACACGUCAAGAAGUGGAUCGCUGCUGGCGUCCCAAUUGACGGUAUCGGAACUCAAGGCCAUCUCCAGUCUGGUGGUGGCGCUGGUUUGGCAGGCGCCAUCAAGGUCCUUGCUGCUUCUGGUGUCUCCGAGGUUGCUGUCACUGAGCUGGACAUUGUCGGUGCAUCGGCUACCGACUACGUCAAUGUUGUAAAUGGCUGCCUCAACAAGGUCAAGUGUGUCGGUGUGACCGUUUGGGGUGUGCGUGACCCAGACUCCUGCAGAGCAAGCAGCAACCCGCUUCUCUUUGACGCGAACUUCCAGCCAAAGGCAGCUUACACUGCUAUCCUAUCCUGA